AUGCGCCGCCUCUCUAAUAUCGGCGCCUGUUGCCGCUUUAUUCUCUACGUUGCCUUCUCGGGCAUAUCGGCCUUCCUGGCACUCCUCAUACUGGCUCGCCUCGCAGCGCGUUCCCCAAGCAUCCCCACAUUCGUCCGAGAUGUCAACCACCCAUGGGUUGAAGAAAAUUCCAGGAUACUCGAGAAACUAGGUGCCAAGGAGACUCUGUGCAGCAAAGACUCACCCCUACGCUCCCAGCUGCCCGGAUUCCCCGAAGACUUGUUCAAGACCCUUAUCGUGAGCAACGAUCGCGCUACUGAAUCGCGCCUAGCUUGGGUCAAUACGUACGAGAGGCUAACAGAGAUCCUUGGGUGCCUUGAGGCCCUGCGGAGCUGCGAAACCCUACAUGUCGGGUUAUAUAGACGCGAAAUAGAUAGUUACAAUUACCUCUGGGAGCCGGAAAUGCCGCCAACCAAUGUGACGCACGUUUUCGCUGCCGCCGUGUCGCAGAUGCCGUCGCUGCGCAGGAUAGAAUGGAUGCGCCUCCGGCCGAGCGCCAACAGCUUGACAGACUUUGGAGACGCAUUCGACAGCGCUAAUGUCCAGCUAAAUACUGUCAAGGAGCUUCAAGUAAGCCCAGACGCCAAUUUUCUCGUUUCGGUAGCGCCAAACUUGGAGACGCUGCAUGUGACCAAAGGGCGGCCGUACCUUGUGUCGGCUGCAUCCAAGAGCCUUCAGGUGAUGCUCAACUCGACAAAGGCACGCACAGGUCUGAAAUCUCUCUCCAUUUAUGCGACGUGGGAUGUGGAGCUUGUUCAUUCCGUUAUAGACAACAUGCCCAAUAUUAAGACGCUCAGUCUCGAUGGUUUGAUCCGGACUGUUCCUAAGAUAACCGCUCAUGGGAGUGAAGAUUAUCGAGAUACUAAUACCCUAGAAAAUAUCUUACAUGCCAUUGGGCAUUUGGAGAAAGUCUCGGCUCUCUAUCUUCCCAAUGUAGACGACCUUGGCUGUGGGUUCCAGAAAGAAAUUGUCUGGGGCAAGGCAUACCGUGGCGUUAAUGGCAGAAAGUACGGCCGCACCAGGACACGACAGACCAUGCGUGAUAUUGAAAGGGUGGCAGAGAUAGUCGUCGGCCUGCUUCUUCACUUGAAGACUCUUAAAAUAGGCGCAACCGCGAUUAGUCUCAAGGAUAGGAGCGAAGAUGGAAAGCUUAUAUUCCCGUGGACGGGGAGAAUGGCGGAAUAUCUCUUGGAUUCUCACCCCAGGUACAAGGCUACUAAUAUCGAUGGCGACGACGAAGACGAAGAUCCGAACGGGCCAGUGUUUAGCACAUGGGAACAAGAUGAAUCUAUGCUAAGUGAGGCUUGGGGAAAGAACCAAGACGGCGGCAGUAAAUAG